CCCCGGCGACCGGCAGCACCGCCCAGGGCGCUGCGCGGGGGCGCGGCUCGUCGCUGCCUGCCUGCCUGCCUCCUUCCCUCCCUGCCAUGGCGGCGCUGGCGGCGGCGGCGGCAGGGGGGUGAGCGCCUGAGGAGGCGGCGGCGGGUCGGGCGCGAGGGCGGCGGAGGAGGAGGAGGAUGCGGGAGUACAAGGUGGUGGUGCUGGGCUCGGGCGGGGUGGGCAAGUCGGCGCUCACCGUCCAGUUCGUCACCGGCACCUUCAUCGAGAAGUACGACCCCACCAUCGAGGACUUCUACCGCAAGGAGAUCGAGGUGGACGCCUCGCCCUCCGUCCUGGAGAUCCUCGACACGGCCGGCACCGAGCAGUUCGCCUCCAUGCGGGACCUCUACAUCAAGAACGGGCAGGGCUUCAUCCUGGUCUACAGCCUGGUCAACCAGCAGAGCUUCCAGGACAUCCGCCCCAUGCGCGACCAGAUCAUCCGCGUCAAGAGGUAUGAAAAGGUCCCUGUGAUCUUGGUGGGGAAUAAAGUGGACCUGGAGAGCGAGAGGGAAGUAUCGUCCAGUGAAGGCAGAGCCCUGGCUGAAGAAUGGGGUUGCCCAUUUAUGGAGACUUCUGCUAAAAGUAAAACAAUGGUGGAUGAGCUGUUUGCAGAAAUCGUCCGGCAGAUGAACUAUGCAUCUCAGCCGGAUAAAGAUGAUCCAUGUUGUUCUGCAUGUAAUAUACAAUAGCAUUACGAACGGUUGACUUGGACCUUAAUUUCUUGUAUUUUUUGGUAAAGUAACAGAACGGAUUGCUUCGCUUUGUGAUUUCAGUUGGGUCUCUUGGGAUAAAUCCAAAGCGGAGUAGCAGCGUUAACCCCAAGCAGAACGUGGACAUUGAUGGGUGUGAGUUUCUGCAAGUCAUUUACUUGGAGCACAUCUUCUGCACCCACAACUCUGCAGCCUAGGGAACAGAUUUACAGGGUGAGCACAAACGAUGUUCGUUGGCCUUGUCAAGCAACAGCCGUUACUGCUUUUAAGUUGAGAGGUGUUGAUGGUGGUGAAAAGGAAAGCACCAGCAAAGACCAUUUGCACUCUGCAUAUUCUCUGCUGAUAAAUAAAAUUUAACCAACUUUUAAGUGUCUGCAUAUUGAAUUUCAGGACUUGUCACUCGUGGCCAAGUUUACUCAGUCAAAUAUGCUACGUUCAUCUUUACCUUUGACACAAGUGUUAGUAGGAUUAUUGGCAAAUUGAUGUAAUUCUGGUUAAAAAAAAACUUUUAAUUUGAUUUUUUCCCCUAUUAUCUGAUCAUGCGAAAAGGAAAAUAUUCCAUCAGUACUUGAAAGUAAAUAGAGAAGCUCUGAAAGAGUCGGUGGCUUGUGAAGAGAACAGUGAGACGUCGGAAUGUGUUAAAUAUUCGGCUCUGCUGCUCAGAAACGGUAUGGAUUGCUUCAGAUGCUGUUCGGUCAGGAAACCAAACAAACCCUCUUUUCAUGAAGCAGAAAGCCUGUUCAUCUCUUUCCUGAACCAGGAGGGAAGCAACUGGGAUGGGGGGGAAAAUAUCGCUUAGCCUUAUUAACAAGGAAAAAUUUAGCACAUUAACAAAUACCAUCUUGUAAGGAAAAUGAAGCCAUGUUGUAUCCAGAUGUUCCUUUUUGCAAAAAAAACCUCACCAGGACAGUCCGAGCAUCUUGCAUUUUUAAGUUUCAAGGAUGCUGGUUUAUUUCUUGCCUUUAAGGGCUGCUGUGUCUUUGGUGUGAUACCCUGAUUAACCUUUGAAAGUCAGAUUUGCCAUUUUAUAGCUUUAAUGUUGGCAACUUGGUUAAUUGAAUUAGCUGUGUUGAAGUUACUUUGGCUCGGAAGUUGAAUGCACAGUGUUGUAGUUCCACAGGUGAGGGAGGGGAGAGGUUCCCCCCCCCCGACUUCAAUUGCCUAACAUGCUAGUCAGAUGCUGCCAUACAGUGAUGCUGUUGCCCUGGUAAUUGCCGUGACAACGUGAGUGAAAACAUUGUUUUGAAAUGGUGCUCAGCCUCUGAUCUUAAAUUUCACAGCAGUGAAAUACUUACCAUUUGCAUGACUUAACAGCACCGGUUGUAUCUAUUCUGAUGUCUUACAAUCAAGGAAGUUUCCAAUCAGGAACGUCUAGGGUUGAAAUGCUGGAGAGAUCCCGUUGAGACGGACCUUUGCAGAGACGCUUGGCCUUUAAAUGCAAUACCAUUGAGCCUGUGGUCCAAAUACCACUCUGGAGUUUGGCUUCUCAGUCUUGUGAACUAGCUGUGUAAUUCCUUUGUGUCAAUGAGUGGAGCAGCGUGUGCGUAUCUUGUGUGCCUGUUGUUGGGACUGUAUGUGCGUGUGUGACUUUACAAAUGCUGUAAUGAACUUGAGUUCUGAGGCGUUGGCCUCCAUCAGCAGAAAUACACCUUGCAAUCUGAAACGUGUCUAAAGAGAGAAACGGCAUUCAGAAAUGUGCGUUUGAACUUAGACAACACUUGGCCACUUUAUUUCUUAGAACAGAACCGCGUUUAAUUUAAUUCACGAUUUAAAGAUGAUGGAUGCGGAAAGGCCCCUGUUGCCUUAGUCCCUGCAUGUUUUUCCAUAACCAAGGAAGCAAAGAAUGGAAUGCGAAACAUGAUGUCCUGCUCUGGAAAUGUAGCUCCUUCCCAGUCAGCCUGCACAGCCUUUGCAGUUGUGGCGCCUACUAUUGACAACCUGCAUGUAUCAAGGGGGAAAAUUGUCACGAGUUCAACAAUACACAAAAUACUUUAGAAGGAAUGUCCCUGCAGAAGUAGUUUUGUCUCUUAGGAAAAUAACUAGCUUCAGAAUUGAAAUAACACGCCGCCACCCCCCCCCCCACCCCAUGUAUACCAUUCAUUUUGGAUAUUGAUCUGAGUGACUCCAAGAACAUUUCAUGUCUCUUGCAUGGCAAACUGUUUAGACACCCGUUACAGUGAUAUAGGUAACAUGAAUGAAGGGUAAUGAAUGGCAUUUGUGACAAACAAACGGGCAUGGAAGCCAUUGCAAUGCCAUUUUUCAAUCAAAAAUACUUCCUAGACAACACUUGUUACGGUCUUAGAGGCAAAGGCAUUGUGUUGUUGCAAAAGUGUAACGGUUUAUGUGAUGUAUAAUUCUAAGGAGAUAGUUUUUUGUGCUGUUUGGAUUCUGCUGAUAUGACUAGUGAGAGAGUGGCGAGGGGAGGCUGGCCUGAGGUUUUGAAAUUUGCAAGAGGGAUAUUCCAGCUGCAGUCUAAUCACACUUGCGUGGUUUCUCCCCCAAAGAAAUAGACUUUACCUCUGUGUAAUGUGCUUAGGCCAGCAAAGGGAGUCACAGGUAAAAAUUGACAAUGGCCAGUUGUUUAGUGCCAGUUCCAAAGGUCCAGGGCACCUGUGGUUCCUUCCUCCCUCUUUCCAGCCGGUGGCGGUGGUAGUGGCUUGUCUUGUGGCCAUGGCUCUGUUGUGUAUGGUGUGUUCUGUUGGCUGGAGACAGAUUUAAAGAAAGUCAGCAGGCAACCCUGGCUCUGUGCCACUGGAGACGUGGGAUAGACCCUGCAGUGACCGUAACUUGCCCCAGCAGUGCUCUCCCACUUACUGAGCAGGAGCGGCAUGCUGGCAUCUGUAAACAGCACUACACGUCCCGGGAAUUACUUACCACGGAUCAGUGCAUUAUUUUGUAUCCUGAUCAAAUUCCAAUGAUAGUAUUUUUGUUUUGGUAUAACAUGCCUUAAAAUAUUAUCAUUUGAUCCAAAGACCCGCCGUUCUUUAGCUGUUCUCGUAGAGUUCUGUAUUUUUCUGCAGACGGCAUUUUUACGUUUGUAUUGUAAAAUGUUGCAAAUCCUUCUGAAAAUGUGUUAAUUGCCCUUUUCCUUUCCACAAGAGUUAAUCAAGCCAUCAUCAGUCCUAAAAGCUUUUAAGGUAAGGAUUUUUUUUCUCCUUCCUGUAUCAGUAGCAGCUUUUGGAGACACAGUCUUCUGUCAGGACCAACAAUACAUUAGCUCCUCUUCCAUACACUCCAUUUCUAAAGAUGCCAUUUACUUUCUGCGGGCAAACUUACUGGUAUUUGCUUUUUUUACACAACAAAUGUUAUCUGUUUAGGUUGUUUUUCCCUCAGCUUGCGAUCAAAGCACUAACUGGACAGUAAUGGCAAAACUCUGUGACGAAGUACAUUUGGCAAGAAUUUUCAUAUGCAUUAUUCCUGUUGUCACAGUUCUUGAUCAGGGUUUCAAAUGAUUGCAAUGUGUUUUUGAGACUAGGCUUAACUUGACAAUUUGGAAUUUCCUAAGAGUUGAAUAAAGAUAUUUAACAGUUGAUUAUUGAGCUCAAUUGCAACUGAUAACUGAAAAAAAAAUGCAGCAAGUUUUAUAAGGGGUCAGUUGUUUAAAAUCACGCUGUUUCAAAAAGAAAUCAAAUUGUACAUAGAACUCAAUGCAAACUCAGCAGUUGUAUUUGGAGUUAAAUUAUUUUA